GGCAAGAUGCAAAGCACAACUAUAGUUAAAUGAAAUAUGGAUCUGGCCCAAUUAAGAAUUUUAUUUAAAAGAAUCCACCGAACCAAGAGUUGUAAUAACGAUUGCAAUUGGAAUGAAUUCCUACCUAAAUAAUUUAACUGUAGGGCAAGAUGCAAAGCACAACUAUAGUUAAAUAAAAUAUGGAUCUUGGCCCGCUAGGAUGGCAAACAACAACACAAACAACCUCGCCCUGCGUUCCAUUCUGGAUGAAGAUAAAUUGAACGGAACAAACUUUGUUGACUGGCAACGCAAUCUCUGCAUUGUUCUCCGCAUGGAUGAGAAAGAGUAUGUGCUCGAAAAUCCCAUUCCUCCUGCCCCUCCCGCUAACGCCCCGAAAGCGGUCAAAGAUGCCUACGAGAAACACGUUAAGGAUGACAACCAGGUUAGCUGUGUCAUGCUGGCUACCAUGAUACCCAAGCUGCAAAAACAGCACGAGGACAUGAAGGCCCACGAGAUGAUCGUGGCCUUGCGGCAGCUAUACCAGGGGCAAUCCAGGCAUGAACGUUUUCUCGUGAGUAAGGCUCUCUUUAGUUGCAAGCUCUCUUCAGGGAACCCGGUCGGUCCGCACGUUCUCAAAAUGAUUGGUUACAUAACCAAUCUGGGGAAACUCGGGUUCUCCUCGCAGAAGGAGUUGGCAACGGACCUGAUCCUGCAACCGCUCCCUGAGCUGUAUAAGGGUUUUGUCAUGAACUACAUGAUGCAUGAUCUUGACAAACCCCUUCCGGAGCUUCUUAAAAUGCUCCAGACUGCAGAGGAGAACCUUACUAAGGGCAAGGGUGCUUCCGUCCUUAUGGUCCAAGGCGGAAAGGGGAAGCCGAAGAAGGGGAUUAAGAUUAAGGCUAGGACGGUCGGAAA